AUGGAUUCAUCACAAUUUCGAGAAGCAGCACACAGUGCCAUUGAUGAGAUCAUUCAGUACUACGACACUGUAGCCGAAAGGCCAGUACUCCCAAACGUAUCACCAGGUUACCUACGACCCCUCCUUCCUUCGGGUCCACCAGAAGAAGGCGAGCCAUGGAGCGCCAUUCAAGCCGAUAUUGACAAGAUCAUUAUGCCGGGCCUUACCCACUGGCAAUCACCUAAGUUUAUGGCUUUCUUCCCGUGCAAUUCGUCCUACCCCGGCAUGCUGGGCGAAAUGUACUCGGGUGCUUUCAACGCCGCAGCCUUCAAUUGGAUUUGCUCGCCUGCGGUCACGGAAUUGGAGACCGUAGUCAUGGACUGGAUUGCCAAGUUGCUUGCCUUACCCAAUUGCUUCCAAAGUGCGGGUGAGGGCGGCGGUGUUAUACAGGGCACAGCGAGCGAAGUGGUGCUCACUGCGCUUGUAGCAGCAAGAGAAAGGCUCAUCAGAAGAAAACUGGGCGACAUGCCGGAGGGAGACGACAGGAUGGACAAAGCUGCAGAUCUUCGAGGGAAAAUGGUAGCCCUAGGCUCAGAACACGCACACUCCUCCACACAGAAAGCCGCCGUCAUUGCUGGCACACGCUUCCGCACCGUCCCCGCGCCCCGCUCCACAAACUUCAGCGUCUCAGGCAAAGCCCUCCGAAAGACCAUCGAAGAGCUCAAAGAAAAGGGUCUAGAGCCGUUCUACUUCACAGCUACCAUCGGCAGCACCGGAGCCUGCGCAGUCGAUGAUCUCGAAGGAAUCGCCGAAGUAGCACGCGAGUACCCCGACCUCUGGAUCCACGUCGACGCCGCGUACGCAGGCUCCGCGCUCAUCUGCCCAGAAUACCAGCAUCUCUGCCCACCCAUUGCAAACUUCGACUCCUUCAACUUCAACCUGCACAAGUGGCUGCUUACCAACUUCGACUGCAGCGCCUUCUUCAUCAAGCGCCGCAAAGACCUCAUCGACACGUACAGCAUCACGCCAUCAUACCUGCGCAAUGAGUUCACCGAGAGCGGACUCGUGACGGAUUACCGCGACUGGCAGAUUCCGCUCGGCCGCCGCUUCAGGAGCUUGAAGGUGUGGUUCGUGCUGAGAACGUAUGGUGUAAACGGGCUGCGCAAGUUCAUCCGCGGACAUGUCAAGUUGGGAGAGUACUUCCAAGGCCUGCUUGAGACGCGCCCCGAUGUCUUCUCCGUGAUCACGCCUGCUGCAUUCGGCCUUACUACGUUCCAGAUCAAUCCUAGCAAACCUAACGCGCCGUCGUCUCCGGCGACGAAGUCAAACCCUGCGCAUGAGGCGUACCUGAAUGAUUUUACGAAUGAUGCGGAGGCGCAGUAUAGAGAAGAUGCAAAUCGCGUUACGAAAGAGGUGUAUGAGAGGGUGAAUGCGGGUGGGGAGUUUUUCCUGACGGGUACGGUGGUGUGUGGACUGUAUGUCAUUCGGGUGGUUAGUGCGGUGGAGAGGUCGGAGGAAAAGUAUAUGAAGAGGGUGUUCGAGGUGCUGGUCGAGACUGCGGAUGAGGUUGUCAAGGGGAAGGAGAAAUCGUAA